CUCGGACGUGAGUCAUGGGUGAGCGAAAUAUUGCUGCUGUCAGCGCGAUAUCUUUGGCUAUUCUCGUUGUACGCUCGACGAGUUCACCGUACGAAUGCGGACCAUACUGUCCCCCUGAGAACACAACCAUGAAUUCAUGCGUGACUACCUGCCCGAACGAUGACAAACCUUUCGAUCCUUUUAACGUCAAAGAGGCGUGGUUCAAGAACGGGACACCAUGCUGGAGGAACGAAACGGGAAUUGCAUGUGUAGGCAUGUGCUGUGGUGGAGAAUGCGAACUGUCAAGCGCAUGUGAAAAUGAUUUGAAUGAAUGUCCACAAAAUGAUUCAGAAUCUUCAGAAAAAUAAAGAUAAGUAAUGACGAGGUGGUUCAGCGCAGAACUGAAAAAUUUUUGUACUACAAGCGGUCAUUUCAUACUUUUGUGAUUCCUCAAAUAAAAAAUA